GAUUAAAUUUUUAUAUAAAUUAGCAUGAUUGGUUCCCAAAUAAUUAAAAAAAUAAAUUCCUAGGUCCGCGCCUGGCAGCAACCGCCACCGCCGCGCGGGGAUCUGGUACAAGUGCUUCCUCAGCUACGCGGACACCGACACGUCCACCACCUACGAGGAAGGCUUCCGGCAGGCGCUCUACAACCACCAGAACGUCUUCGGGAAGGACGUAUUCCAAAGGAAUAGUACAUACCUUAAUCUCGUGAUCAAAAUCUCUGAUCUCGCCGCCAACGGUGGCUCGUCGGAGUUGGCGUCGGCAGUGCCGAUGUUUGCGACGGGAGAGGCGGUGUACGACGACCGUGGAUCCCCCAACGGCACCAUGUACGGGAUGGUCCAGUGCAUGCGGGACCGAACGGCAUCGGAGUGCGCCCUGUGCUUGUGGAACUCGACGGAGCAGCUCGAGAUACGCAACCGGGGAGGGGAGAUGCUCGGCUACAACUGCUAUCUGCGGGUGGAGUUUUACGCCUUCUAUAAUCUCUCGCUUAGUGCCGUGCCCACUCCGCCACCUCUAGCACCGGCUCCGUCGAGCUUCAUGCCUACCGUCGGAGAAAGAAACAGAAAUGGAGGUUCUGUAGGAGUGAUAGCAGGAGUUGGUGGUGGUUUUGCUGCACUCCUCCUGGGAGUGGUUUUAUAUAUCAUAUUCUAUAGGCGAAGAAAGGCUAAAAAGGCUGCCGUGCUUCCAUUUUCUGAAGAUUCUAUCCUACAUGCUACUACAUCAUCCGUGGACAAAAUUGCAUUGUCAAGCAGUCAAGCUGACAGCCCCUCAGCUGUUCCAGGAAUUACUGUUGACAAAUCAGUUGAGUUCUCAUAUGAAGAACUUUUUAAUGCGACAGAGGGAUUUAGCAUUAGUAAUGAAAUCGGGAAAGGUGGUUUUGGUGUUGUCUAUUAUGCUGAGAUCAGAGGCGAGAAAGCUGCCAUAAAGAAAAUGGAUGUGCAGGCUACUCAUGAGUUCCUUGCUGAGUUAAAUGUUUUGACACAUGUUUACCAUCUGAAUCUGGUGCGUUUAAUUGGUUAUUGCGUUGAGAGGUAUCUGUUCAUUGUUUACGAAUAUAUUGAGAAUGGAAACUUACGCCAACAUUUGUGUGGAACUGGUUAUGAGCCCUUGUCUUGGGCUGCCAGGGUUCAAAUUGCGCUCGAUUCAGCAAGAGGUCUUCAGUAUAUUCACGAGCAUACUGUUCCAGUAUACAUACAUCGGGAUAUCAAAUCAGCAAACAUCUUAAUAGACAAAAACAACCGGGCAAAGGUUGCAGAUUUUGGUCUCACAAAACUUGCAGAAGUUGGUAAUGCAUCACUGCCUACGCGUGGAAUUGUUGGCACAUUUGGUUACAUGCCUCCAGAAUAUGCUCAAUAUGGUGAUGUUUCUCGAAAGGUUGAUGUCUUUGCCUUUGGAGUAGUUCUUUAUGAACUUAUUUCAGCCAAAGAAGCUAUAGUGAGAUCAACUGAACCUGGUAGUGACUCAAUGGGAUUGGUUUAUCUGUUUGAGGAGGCUCUCAAUGCACAGGAUCCAAAAGAAGGCCUUCGGAGGCUGAUUGAUCCGGCCCUAGGACUAGGAGAGCAUUACCCCAUGGACUCCAUCCUCAAGAUGACGGUCCUCGCGAGGGCGUGCACGCAGGAAGACCCUGAGUCUAGACCCACUAUGAGAUCAGUGGUGGUGGCAUUGAUGACGCUGUCAUUCAUGGAUGAGGGAGUUAUGGAAUGAGAACUUUGAUCCAAGAGAGAACCAAGGCAUGGUGUGAACCUCACAACAAGGAGGUGACUCAUGUUAAUAUUAUAGCCUACCUGCUUAUCUGAUGCGAUUGUCUAUUUGGGGCCUACUUGUGCCGUUUGUGAUGCUGUAUCUGGGUCUAAUCUGGCAAUAACACUCCAGCAACCCAAGUGGGCGAGUAGAAGGGGUAUAAAUAGUUCAAUAAGAGCAUAUAGCCGUUGCUCCAAUAGCUAUAAAAAAAAUGCAAGAGCACCGGAUGAAAAAUGCAUUGUCAUAGCAGGUAUCGGCCGGAGACCAUCCGUACACUUUUUUAGCUACAUAGCCGUUUUCCCCCUUUACCCAAAGCAACUUUUGCUUGCGUUAUUGAUCCCACGCUUAAUCCAGUGUUGCAUUGUCUGGCGCUGAA